AUGGAUGAUCUAGAGGUCAUCAAAUUAAGUGGAAACACACUGGGUGUUGAAGCAAGCCAAGCUUUGGCUGAGGCACUUAAGACAAAGACCAAGUUGAAGCAAGCUCUUUUGUCUGAUAUCUUUACAGGUCGUUUAUUAUCUGAAAUUCCUCUUGCUUUAAAGGCCUUGUGUGAUGCAUUUGAGCAGGUCGAUCUUUUAGAAUUAGAUUUAUCUGAUAAUGCAUUUGGACCUGCUGGUGCUGAACCAUUGAUCGAUUUCCUUUCCAACACAAAGACAUUACAAACUUUACGCUUAAAUAACAACGGGUUAGGUCUCGGCGGCGGUGCUAUGAUCGCUAAGGCUCUUCAAGCCUGUGCUGAUAAUGCCAAAGCAGAAGGCCGUCCUUCUUCUCUUCGUACGAUUAUAUGCGGCCGUAACCGUCUCGAAGAUGGUUCUUCCGAGGCUUUAGCUCGGGCUUUCUCGUCACAUGGUACCUUAGAAGUUGUCCGUAUGCCCCAGAACGGCAUCCGUCCUGAUGGUAUUCGUACCAUUGUGGAAGGUCUUCGUGAUUGUAAGAACUUGCGUCAUCUCGAUUUGCAAGAUAACACUUUCACUAUCAAGGGAUCCAAGGCCUUAGCUGGUGCUUUGUCUAGCUGGCCCCAACUCGAGACCUUGAACGUAUCUGAUUGCCUUUUGGGUAAAAAGGGUGGUGUUCACGUUUUCAACAGUCUAGAAAAGGGAAGAAAUAGAAAAAUCAAGGAACUCUUGAUGCAGUAUAAUGAAAUUCAAGCAGAUGGCGUGCAAAUUCUUGCUUCAGCUAUCAAGGAACAUCUCACUGAGCUCGAGAAACUUGAGUUGAAUGGAAACAGAUUUUCAGAGGAUGACGAAGUACUGGACGUUCUGAAGGAAGCACUGGGUAAAUGGGGCCAUGAAGAAGCUUUGGACGAAUUAGACGAUAUGGAGGAAAUUGAUAGCGAAGAGGAAGACGAGGAGGAUGAGGAGGAUGAAGAUGACGAAGCUGAGCUAGUUAAGGAAGCAGAGGAAGCAGAAUCUGAAGAACCCAAACAAUCAGCAGAUGCAGACGAAGAUGCAGAUUUAGCAAAGAAGCUGAGCGCCACACACAUUUAA